UCAGCGACGAGCAGCGCGGAGCUGGAGACUCAUCAGCACUAGAGUGAGGAGAGUCUCAUCAGCACCAGAGUGAGCGACCAAUCACAGAGCUCCCCCACCGGCGGACCUCCGCCAGGCCAGUCGCAGUCAGUUAGGCGGUCUAACCUGAUCUCGCUUGGAAAAUUAUGAAGGGAACCAGCUUCAGUCGAUUCUAGAUGGAGAAAAGUUCAUCUUUUUGGUGACGCGUUUUGUCAUUUCUACGCACUGCCCGGAUAGUUGCACUAGAACUUGCAACAAACGGAAUUUUCUGAUGUAGUUGCAUCGCUUUUGUCACAUGUAUCAGAAAAUCUCACAACACCUCGUCUCUCUCUCUCUCUCUCUCUCUGCUGCUGCUCCUACAGUGAUAAUGGAUUAAAAGCCUGAUGGAGACGCAUCGAUUUGCAGCACUUGUGAUUUAAAAAAAAAAAAAAAAACAGGUGUCGGAUCCAGCAACAGUUCAAGCUGUCCUGAUCAUCCUGUGCCACAAUAACAGGCUGCCAUCUGAGGAACGCUUGAGAUCCAGUGCGCAGGCUCUCUCUCUCCACAGCUCUCCAGCACCAAACCUCACAGCAACGCACAGCGGACUCGUUCCAGGUUUGUUGAAACCCCGAAGACAAUUCUGGGAAUCAAGCAGAACAUUUAGAGGCGAUAGAAGAACACUUUGUAGUCAGUUGGAGACCCAUCUGCCUUUGUGUGUUUCCUCCUCUGAACUCUCCUCAGAAGGUCAGAGGAGCAUGUAACUGAAACAAGUGGAGCCCUCAGUGAUUUCAACGUUCUGUCCCCCCCCCAUCUGUGCCUACAUUCUCCGCCACAGAUAGAGACGUUUUUGAUAAUUACAUAUAAUUAUAAUUUCUGUGGGAGACAGAUCUGCCUCUGUCUAUUAUUGCCAACACCUCCAACACAAUAACUUCACACAUUUACAUAUUUCUCAACAAAAGUGAUAUUCUUUGAACCUCGGAGACAAAUCAGGAAUAAUUUUACUUAGAGAGAGAGACAUGUCACACGGAGACGCAAUGUGCCAUCCAGUUCAUAUCUAAUUAGUGAACUUUUUGUGUGCCUAAAAGCUGAAUAGAGAGCAUUUAAAAAUCUGUGACGUUUGCCUCAUUUUGCAGUGUGUUUCACAGGCUGGGAGUCGUUUCCUUGGUUUAUGCUUACUCCUGAUUUUCAGCUGUUACAGUCUUCUAGCACUUGAGCUGAGCCUCCCUCAUUAUCACCCCCCAGCCCAAUCACAGUUACAGUCCGUGCCAGGCGACUACGGAUGCAUAUUAUUAAUCCAGCCAUAGAGAAGACGGAGAUAAAGUACACGGUGCAUAAAGACGUGACGAGUGCCUAGAACCAGUUAACAUGGAGAAACUAGGCAUCAUUAAUAGACAGUUUUCAUCUCUUAAUCCUAUUUGAUUGUUUACAAUGCAGAUAAACUCAAAAUAUAUGAAAGUAUUAUAGAUUUCAUACAUUUUUUUUCAGAAAAGAACAUCUUAAAUAAGUGCCAAUUCUGAAUGUAUGUAGUGCCAGACUGAAAUAGUCCUCCAGGAAUGAACAAAACCGAUAUAACCGUUUACAUUUGAUAAAACACUGGCCAUAGACUAUUGUUCAAGUGCCACGAUCAGCACAGGAAUGUAUAGGACUGCCAUAUUUUACUGAAAAUCCUUGCUACAAAUUUUUUACCAGCCCUUCGUGGUUACAAAAAUUAAUUCCACCCAGCAGAACGUCAGAUAUUUGUUCUUUUGUUCAGAGGGAAGAGUAGAACAGGGCAUUAAGGACUAAAAGCAUGAAGAUUGUUGUUUUCAAUUUGUCCUUUUUACAAAGCUGCAUCCAUUUUAGUGUUCUAGACUUGAGAGGGCAAACGAUGAAGUUAUUACGCAUUCAGAGUUGCUUUCUAGCAGCAAAUUAAAACCAUUUUCAUACCAUUAUCGACAAUUAUUGAAACCUACCAACUGUUUUUGAUAGAGGCAGACCUCUUCUAAUAUUACACCGUAUAAAUACUCUGACAAAACAAAAAGCAGGCUUCAGAUUUCAUCAUCCAGCAUUGCUGAAUGAGACGACUGAUACAUCAUCAAUAUCCAGUAGGUUGUACAUGCUACUUGAAUAUUUCACAUGCCAUUUUAGUGGGCUAAACUGCAAAAGCGGAUACAGCGUUGUAACUGCAUUGACUCAACAACAGAAAAUAGAUCUCUUAGUCAUGUAAAAAAUGACGCCCACCACCACUCUCCGAGUCCUCGCUGUCUCCCUGCUCUCCCUCCUUGCUGCCCCGCUCACCGCUGUUGCGGAGACCUCUCCGUCGCCCCCUCCUCAGCACACAGACCGCUCAGGGAAGCCUUUCACCGAGCAGCCCGAGGCUGACCCCAACCCCUCGCUCCUGCUCCUCGCCAUGCAGGCCAACAUCAGGCCAGCUGCUCUCCAAGGCAGGACCAAAGCCCCUGAGAAGCUUCCAGAAAUCUCAGAGGGAGUUCUGGAGACGCCUCCGAGACCCCUUCCCCAGGUCAUGUUCCCUAAGAAUGUGACCUCAUCAGAGGCCCUCGCACCUCCCUUGGGCGCCGCCCAGGUAGCGCCCAUAAAACCCCGCAUGAUGGAUAUAUGGAUAGAUGUAUGUCGGGGUUAUUAUGAUGUCAUGGGACACUUUGACAGCGCUUUCAACUGCUCCAAGGACUCCUUCAUCUUCUGCUGUGGAACCUGCCACUACCGCUUCUGCUGCCCGGAGCGCAGCCGGCAGCUGGAUCAGGAGAACUGUAAGAACUACUACUCUCCGGACUGGGCCAAGCCGCAGACAGAAACCAUGGUGCUACCAGAUGAUCCCAACGUAGACUUUGAUCCGCUGAAGCAGCAGAGCCACAACACGGGCUUCGUCAUCGGAGGCGUGAUUGUGUUCAUGGUGGCCGUCGCUGUGGGCAUCAAGGUGGUCUUCAACAAGGUGCAACAGGAAGCCAACCAAAGGGACCUCAACAUGCCCAGAGCGCUGGUUGACAUGUUGCGGCACCAGUCGAGUCCAGUCCAGCAGGAUGAGAGGAACAACAGCGUGGCUCUGCCUGUAGGGGACGGACAGGGGACACUGGGGAGACCUCCGAAAAAUCUCUACGCCCCAGGACUGCCCAGCAAGGACAACAGAUUGGGCAAUUUGCAGCACAAUUUCAUCCACUCCUCAGGCACCAGCCCCAAACACACGGCAACUAUCGAACGCACCCCUCGAAUGAACAACGCUCAGCUGGCAGCUGGGGGCACCCUGCUUUCCAGUAAACACAACAACACCAAAUCCCAGCCCGCCUUCCACCACUCCCUGCACAACCUGGCUCAGCUGCCGCCCUCCUAUGAGAGCGCCACCAAGCCGGAGCUCAACAGAUACUCCUCGCUCAAACGCCUCGAGAAAGGUCUUGAUGAGUACUCGUCUGGUUACUGCACCACCAAGCGCCGGCCUCACACGGCCCAGCCGGCCCUGCAGUCCUCUCAGCACCACCUCCACUGGGGUGGAGACUACACCCUCAGUGGGAGAGGAACCCUCCCCAGACAUGCAGUACGUCCCUGGAUCCCGCCGCCGCCUUCUGGCAUGCCUGCCUCACCCACCCCCAAUCCGUACCCUCUGGAUCCCCCUCUGGAGCCUCAGUACAACCCCAAUUACGACACUCUCUCCAAGCCGAGGAAGGUUAAACCCACCGACCCGCUGCUCAACAUGGGUGACGUCCCUGGCAACACGGGGACACUCUCCAGGAUGUCCAAGAACCAGCAACACCAGUACUACAAAGCCAUGGCUGCCUCCAACAAGAACUCCAACACGCAGACCCUCACCAGGAAGCCCCAGGACAGAGGGGACAGGCAGGACAGACAGGACAGAGGGGACAGGCAGGACAGAGGAGACAGGCAGGACAGAGGAGACAGGCAGGACAGAGGAGACAGGCAGGACAGAGGAGACUGGCAGGACAGAGGAGACAGGCAGGACAGAGGGGACAGGCAGGACAGACAGGACAGAGGGGACAGGCAGGACAGAGGGGACAGACAGGACAGAGGGGACAGGCAGGACAGAGGGGACAGGCAGGACAGAGGGGACAGAGGGGACAGGCAGGACAGAGGGGACAGGCAGGACAGAGGGGACAGGCAGGACAGGCAGGAACGGCUCCUCAUGUCUCCGGACCAUUUGGAAGAUAGGAUGGGACCCGGCGGGAUGGGGCCCGGCGGGAUGGGGCCCGGCGGGAUGGGGCCCGGCGGGAUGGGACCCGGCGGGAUGGGGCCCGGCGGAAUGGGGCCCGGCGGAAUGGGGCCCGGCGGGAUGGGGGUCGUAGAUCCAUACGCCAACACAGGAGGUGCCGUCCCCACGCUGCCUCGCCAGCAGAAGGCCCAGUCCCAGCAGAACGUCUGCGCCACGCCCUCCCUCGACCGCCACCACAUGAUCAAGAUGAACUCUCACCCCACGUCCGGACGGGAGCAGGAGAGGAGCACGGCCAUGAGCGGGGGCAUGGGCUGGGCGGGGGAGAUGCCCGGGGCGGGGGUAGUCAUGGGAACGGGAACACUAGGGGGCCACAGCGCCAGGAGGAUGGCUUUCGCAGCGAAGAGGCAGAACACCAUCGAGCAGCUACAUUUCAUACCAGGAGGAGGCGGUCAGGGGGGGUCAGCAGGAAGUGCAGGAGGGAGUCAGGGGAUCAGGACGGGGAGUAAAAAUGAGGUGACGGUGUGAGGUUUGUGCCUAAUGUAGAGUUUACCCCUCAUCAUAGGCAUGGGAAUAGAUCACCCUUCUGCAUUUAACUAUUAGAGAUACAACUACAAGAAAUACAACUAGAAGUAUAUAGCAUAGUAACAGUAUAACGUGUUUAGGCUAUUCAAAUUAGUGUUAUCUUGUAAUUAAAUAGCUUAAAUAUGAUUACUUAAUUAAAAAUUUAGGUGGGGAAUAUCUGUUCUAAUUAUGUGAUAGCCUGCAUCAGCCAUAUUUUGUAACAAAAUUUGCCAUAUUGCCAUAUACAGCGGUGCCAUUACUUGUAGAAAGACUGACGGGAAGGGUGAAACAAAAUCAACAGAAGUGUCGUUCAUAAUUUUGUUUUUAUAUAUGUUUUUCAAAAAGUACUCAGGAGCCAUAUUAGAUAGGGAACGAGAUGAUAUAUAGAUAUAGAUAUAGAUAUAUAUAGAUAUAGAUAUAUAUAUGUAUAGAUAUAUCGUCAGAAGAAUAGGACACAAGAGGUGGAUGAAGAGGAGAAGCAUGCGGGAUAUUAUAUCACUGAAUUCAAUAGAGAAUAGAGCCGACUACCUGCUGGACUGUCAACCUGCUCAGCUCUCGCCGACAAUGAUUUAUUAAACUGAACCUCAUGGGUGAGAAGCCCGGUGGACCAGACGAGUGUGAAUGAACACUGACACUCAACGUCAUCCUGACACAUGGGGAGACAGAACUGAUUUUUGUUGCUUCCUGUAUAAAUGAGCGGACAAGGUGGGGGCUGUUUCUGACUGGGACACAACAGCCUGACACCGUUGGCAGGACUCCGCGCCCGAUUUUUAAACCGUGGACCCACAUUACCGAUCUGACGCCUGGGUUGCCUAGUUUUCCAUGUGACCUUAGACCCAAACCCCCAGAGGGACUCACACUCUGAUCACUGGUGUUUCAUUACAUUAUGGGUGAGUUUCCCCUUAAGGAUCCCAUCUAUAGAUCAGGACUUAACUGUAAAAACAAUGGGCUACCUAAUAAUAUAGAGCCACCUGUCACGUUAUUACAAAAAAUAUCUUGACAUAGACGAGUCAACAUGUGUUCAGUUUACCAAUAACUUGCUUUAACGCAGGUUACGAGCGAAGAGCAAAGGUUUUUUCUACAGAGCACAAAUGAAUAGACGGUGACGCAGAGGUUGCACUUACACAACUGUCCUUCAAAGCCAUUUAUGGAGAUACAAAUAAAAUACCACAGAGGAAGCUGGUCUGACAAUCACCAUUUUAUUAUUCUCACCAGGUGACAAAUUAUACAAGUCAGUGAUAUUUUGUACAGUCAAAGGAUUGGCUUCAGAGCAAGCCAAAAAAACACACACACCCCUCUGAGUCAGGAGCGAGAGGGCGACCUGAGGCCUUUCUCCUGCGUGGCUCAAUAAGAGACUCGGAUGGUUGGGAAGCCCUCGCCAUCCUCAAGAGGAAGACCUUGCUGUAUCAUAACGCACUUCAGCCAGUAAAAAAAAAAAAGAAAAUAUAAAAAAAAAAUCUUCAUCAAUAACAACGCUUAUCAAUACUAAGGGCUAUCCUAUCCUAUAUACUGUAGUAUGUGAUAUCUGUGGUCCAUAUGAAAUACUAUCUCUUUCUCUUGAUUUUGUGUUGAUAUUGUCAUGAUGUAUUAAGUAUUAAUGUGUACAAAAAACAAGAGCCAUUUAAGCACAGUUCAAAGAGAAACAGAGACAAAAAAAACAAACUUUGCACAAAUCUAUCCCCUGAUAUUUGCACCAGAUACAAACUUUGUAUCGUGUCCUCAAGGUUUACAUUCUGUAUACGAGCACGGCUGACGGUGGGACUGAUCAAUGGAGGGUACUGUAUUGAGAGUUUUUUAUCAACAUGAAGUCAAAGGAGGAACUUGUUACUGCUUGAUUUUUUUGUUCAGUCAUGCGAACGGAUACAGAGAUGAAAUACUGAUCAACAGAAACACAGAUUUCAUUCGGACAAUCUUCCUAUACACAGUGCUCAAUGUAGUUGUUAUGAAUAUGAUGGAGUGUAUUAUUAUUAAUAAUUAUUAUAACUGUUAUGGUUAUUAUUAACAAUUAUCUUAUGAUGUGAUGUUCUUUUACUUGGUGGGAUUUAAGUGUUUAUUGUUUUUAGAUAACUAGCAUUCUCACGACUAGUUGGUUUUUUUCAUACAUCUGGUCAUAAAGUUUUUAAAAACGUUCCAGAUCUUGAUGCAUGCCAGCUCCAUUUCAUUGAGAGGCAGUUACAGAAUAUGCCUGGAUUUGAAGGUCAUCGACGCUUAUGAUAUGGCCAAUAUUUCCAGCUGUAUGUACUGUGCCUAGACAUCGGCCUUACGACUUCUUGAUCUCAAGUGAUUACUUAGGUUUCCACUCGGGUACAAAAAUAUCUAUUGAAAAAAUCUGCAGCCUUCUAAACGUAUGUGUAGACGACGGUGUUUGGGACAGAUGUGUUCGGGAGUUAUUAACCAGACUGGAGCAGCCUGACCCAAUAACAUGGGUUGUACACACUAAACCCAUGAUGCCAUAAUGUGUGUGUGUUCGGAUGAAUGUUUAUUGGAGAAAAGCGGAGGUCUAAUGGGAAGCUUUGAGCGUCUUUUUCAGGGAACUAGGACAGGUGACAUACAGUAGUAUUAGAUUUUUUUAAUAGAGCCACAAAAGGUCUGUAGCAAAGUCUGUAAUAUCUCACAAGCCAUAUAUCCAUCGAAGCUCAUCAUCACACUUUUAUAAAUGGUUAAUCUAAUUUGUGCAAGUAUUGUAUUUUGUAUAGCUAGUACAAUCAGAAUAUUUUCAGUGAUCUCUUCGACAUUAAUUUGAGGAUUCAGCAGAUUAUGUGUUAGUAUAUUUAAUGAAUUGUACAGUGCCAAACUCAUAGCAUUUUGUUGUCUUUCUAUUGUCAUAGCCUCCUACAAGACGACAGGGGAUGUUUAUUUUUCACAACUGAGAACUGACACGCAGGCAAGUAAGCUAAAAAGCUAGUUAUCAGAGAGAAAUGAAUGAAUAUGGUGUGUGUUUUUACCAUUAUGAAUUCAUUUAGAUAGAGGAUGGUUAAUGGCCACCUGAAAUGUUAACACAUUACUAACAGUAAAUUGUACGGACAGGUAGGGACCGUGUCCAGUAAUGAAAUUCAUGGAUUUAUUUUCAUGCCUAUAAAUUUCGAAACAACCCUUUUGUUAUUGUUCAAUGCAUUGAUCCCCUCGGAUACGACAGUGACUUACAAAGAAUUUGUAUAAUAAAGUUGGUGGAAAAAAAA